ACCUGCUGCUUUGCUGCCGCUUUUUUGUGCUAUUUUCCCCAGGGAUAGGGUACCAUUCUGGACCCACGUUCAGUGAAUUCGUUGCUCCGCAGCGUUGCUCUUGGGCACUGGUAGGGUGGUGCGCUCUCUGGCCGCAGUCAAGGGCUGGUUUGCGGGGAGCCACCCAGGUCGGGUCCUGCUGCUGCAGCCUCCGGGGAAAGAACCAGCCUGUUGGGAUGAAAUAGAUAAACUAGGUUUUUAUAGCUGUUCUCUGAUGAUCUUGGUAUAGAUUUCGCCUGUGUAUGUCAAAAGUAAUCUCACAUUUGAAGAGACUAACAGUUCCUGUUUUUGCCAGUUCUUUCCCCAAGCAAUCAAGUUGAAGAAACGUCUCCACUACUUAAAGAGGUACCUGCAAACUAUUUUGAUUCUGCUGUCCCAAUGGGAUUUUCUCUUAGUAAAUCUGCUACUCAGGUAUCUUCUAUGCGUAUGGAUUCAAAAGUGGAUGAUCACUUAAUGCAAGGGACUGAGAAAAGCAAACUUGAACCAGUGACUCAGUUAUUUCAAAACACCAAGAAAAUAAGAUUAGAAGACACAAACCAAGAAAACUUUACGAGGAGCCAAGAUACUGGCACAGGAUCCCUUUCGGAGAAAGCCUUGGGUUCAGUGGUGUAUGUUAAAGAAAGUGAUGGCAUAGAAAUUAUAGACAUGGAAUGAAGUUAUUUGUAUAUGUUACUGAAGAAACCAAAAAUUGCUUUUGACUAAGAGGACCUGUUGAAUGAGAAGUUAACCUUAUUAGGAAAACCUAACAAGAUGAAGGAAGACGA